AUGUCAAACACACUGCCACCACUAGAAAAACUUGAUCUGGAGGGGGAUGGUGGAUCAGAUCUGCAGGAGAUCUUCUAUAAUUUGCCAGAUGCCAACGCAGAGACGAGUAGGGAAACUGAUGCUUUCGCAGUAGCAGUACGGAAGCUCGAUGACUAUUUCAUACCGAAACAAAGUAAAGUUUAUGAAAGGCACGUCUUUCGACUUCUUAAACAGGAAGAAGGAGAAAAAUUUGAAAAAUUUUUAGUAAGGUUAAGAACCCAAGCAGUCAAAUGCAAAUUUGAGAAGCCAGAAGAACAUUUAAUAGACCAAAUAACCGAGAAAGGUACUUCAACAGAAUUGCGGAAAAAAAUUUUGACAAUAGGAGAUGACAUCACACUGGAUAAAAUAAUUACAGAAGCUAACACACUAGAAGUCGUGAACCAUCAAUUGGAAGAGUACGAACAAAAAAUUAAGAGUCAAGACGUAAAUGUAAACGCAGUGAACAAUAAAAACAACAAGGCUCCAAAUCCAGACGGACAAAAGAACCGAUUCUCGAGUAAUAAAAGAUGUGGGAGGUGCGGAAGUUAUAAACACACUUCGGAAGAUAACAACUGUCCCGCAAGAGGAAGGAAAUGUCAUGAUUGUGGGAAAUUAGGACACUUUCGCCAAUAUUGCAAGACUCAAGGGAUACGGAAACGGAAAGCGGAUGAAAUAAAGAAACAAGAUGGAGAGAAGAGAGAAAAACAAGCUCGGAAAGGAAGCGGAAUAAAUAGGGUCGAAAACGAAGAAGUUGAUUACGUUUUUAAUGUUAAUUAUAAUGCGACAGUAGAAUGCGAAGUAGGAGGUGUCAAGAUAAAUAUGCUAAUUGAUUCUGGAUGUAAAUUAAACUUAAUCACAGACAAAACAUGGGAAUUCCUAAAAGAUCAGAAGGUUACGAGUUUCAACUUAAAUAAGGAACCAGACAAGACAUUACUGGCUUAUGGCAGCGAUACACCACUCAACAUCCAAGGCUCAUUCGAGACAGAAAUCAAAGUGAACAAUCGAGAAGAAACUGCAACCAUAUACGUAAUUUCAAGGGGAUCAAGAGAUUUACUAGGCAAAGACACGGCUAUUCGUCUGGGUGUUCUAAAACUGGGCCUCAACGUGUAUCAAAUUGGAAACAGGCCUUUCUCAAAGUUUAAAGGUGUGUUAGUAGAAAUUCCCAUCGACGAAUCAGAAAAACCUGUUUCACAACCCUACCGGCGAAUACCAAUCCCGAUCGAAGAGAAAAUAAACAAAAAAAUAAAGGAAUUGCUGGACGCUGACAUAAUAGAGGAAGUAAACGAACCUUCGAAGUGGAUUUCACCAAUAGUUCCCAUACUAAAGGACAACGGAGAAUUACGUUUGUGUGUGGAUAUGAGACGGGCAAACGCUGCGAUUAGGAGAGAAAAUCACCCAUUGCCAUCCAUGGACCAUCUCUUACCGAAGAUAAGGAAAGCUGCAUUUUUCACAAAAUUGGAUAUAAAAAAUGCAUUCCAUCAAGUAGAGCUACAUCCCAACUCUAGGCAUAUAACUACAUUUAUAACUUUGAAAGGAUUGUACCGAUACAAACGGUUAAUGUUUGGUAUCACUUGCGCACCCGAAUUAUUUCAGAAAAUACUGGAAAAAAUGCUGAUCAAAUGUGAAGGAGUUAUAAACUUUAUCGAUGAUAUUCUGGUCUACGGAUGUACAGAACAAGAACAUAAUUUGCGACUACAAAAAGUAUUGCAAGUAUUGGAAGAAAAUAACGUUUUACUUAACCAGGCAAAAUGCGUAUACAAAACGAGGAAGAUAAAUUUCCUAGGGCAUGAAUUAACACCAGGGGGAGUCAAACCACUGGACAAAUAUGUCAGAAGCAUCACCGAAUUCAGAACGCCGAAAACAGUCGACGAACUGCAAAGCUUCCUGGGGUUAACCAAUUAUAUAAAUAAAUGGAUUCCCAAUUUGGCUACACUAACAGAACCGUUAAAAGAACUAUUGGGGAAGAAGAUCAAGAAAAACGCUAGUAUUGAAGAAUAUUGGACUAAGAAGCAGGAAGAAGCAUUUAAAGGACUAAAGGGAACACUCAUAAACAUACAAACUCUUGGCUAUUAUGAUGUUAAGGAUAAGACACAGGUCAUCGCUGAUGCAAGCCCUGUAGGAUUAGGAGCUGUCCUUGUGCAGAUUGAUACAAACGGACCUCGAAUCAUCGCUUAUGGAAACCGAACUUUAACUGACUGCGAGCGUAAAUACAGUCAGACAGAGAAAGAGGCUCUAGCUUUGGUCUGGGCUAUCGAACAUUUUAGAGUAUUUCUUUUCGGGAAGGAAUUUGACCUGGUCACCGAUCAUAAGCCCUUAGAAGUUUUGUUUGGACCGAAAUCCCGACCAUGUGCACGUAUCGAAAGAUGGGUUCUGAGAUUUCAAUCAUAUCGUUAUAACAUAAAAUACAAACCCGGAAAAACCAAUAUUGCAGAUCCACUCUCACGAUUAUGCAAAUACUCAAUCAAUCCUCAAGCCGGAAACGACAAAUACGUACACCAGAUAGUAGAAUAUGCUAGACCACAUGCAAUCCCUAUGAGCGACAUCGGCAAGCAUUCUGAAGAGGAUCCAGAAAUCUGCAGUGUAAAAAAAGGCAUCUAUAAAAAUGACUGGGACGAUGCAGUUAAGGGAUACAAGAUUUUUGAGAACGGACUUUGUUUUUACGGUAACAUACUGUUGAGAGAAAGCAAAAUAGUAAUACCUCAAACACUAAGGAAAGACGUAUUGGACGCAGCGCAUGAAGGUCACCCAGGCAUAGUGGCAAUGAAAGGGCGGUUGAGAUCUAAAGUUUGGUGGCCGAGAAUAGAUAAGGAUGCGGAGAAAAUUGUGAAAAGCUGUAAAGGUUGUACUCUGGUUGGAAUGCCAAACCCACCAGUUCCCAUGAAACGUCGAGAACACCCUGCGGCACCCUGGAUCGAUGUGGCAAUGGAUUUGUUAGGACCAUUACCUAAUAGCGACUACUUACUAGUGAUAAUUGAUUAUUAUAGCCGAUAUAAAGAAAUAAAGGUAACGAAAACAAUCACUAGUACGCAAAUAAUCAAACUAUUAAAAGAGCUAUUUGGUCGACUGGGUUACCCUAUUUCCAUCACAGCGGAUAACGGUCGACAAUUUGUAAGUGAGGAGUUUAAAACUUUUUGUAAAGAGUGCAACAUUACUCUCUUCAACACAAUUCCCUACUGGCCGCAGCAAAAUGGAGAGGUGGAGAGACAAAACCGGGAUAUAUUGAAACGUCUUAAGAUCAACGUAAUAGAGAAGGACUUAAAGGAAAGCUUAUGGGAAUACCUGAUGAUGUAUAAUUCAACCCCGCAUUCUGUAACAGGCAAGACACCGGCAGAACUUUUUUUCAGGAGACAGAAUAGAGAUAAAAUCCCUACACUACAGGACAUAAAUGACAAAGAAAACGAUUCAGAAGUGAGAGACAAAGACAGGGAACAAAAGGAGAGAGGGAAAGAAUAUGGCAAUAAGAAAAGAAGAGCAAAAGAUUUUGAGGCAAAGGAAGGAGACAAGGUGUAUAUAAAAGAGACAGAAAAAACAAACAAGCUCACCCCAAAUUACAAACCAACACCACACGUGGUGGAAUCAUCGCAAGGUGGAGACGUCAUUGUAAGGAACGAAGAGACAGGUCAAAGGCUAAGGAGAAAUGUAAUACAUUUAAAGAAAGUAGAAGGCGAAUGGGAGACGGUCCAGGAAGGAAAUAGCGGAAACCAAGACCAGUUGCAAGAGGAAGGAAAAAGAGAUUGA